AGCCCUGACUGACAUCAGCAUCCUGACUGGCUUCAUUUACCUGCGUUAUGUUGACAUCUCCGUCAACUACCUUCAGGACAUCAGCCCUCUGUCCAACCUAAGCAAUCUCCUGUGGAUCCAGGGAGAUGAGAACCUCCUAACCAGCGCCCAGCUCAGCGAUCUGCCUUACCUGCAGGUGGCCAACUUCGCCAACAAUCACAUCAAGGACACUGAGGGCAUUGGCCACCCCCUCCUGAAAACCCUCAACCUCACCGGAAAUGAAAUCGAUUCAAUCAGUCUGGAUGAAAAUAAACUGACCAAUCUGCAUACUCUACAGAUGGGAAAGAACAGACUGGAGAACACAGCUGGACUUUAUUUUCCAACCCUCGUGAAGCUAUAUCUGGCAGGCAAUAAGAUAACUAACAUUGUGGGGCUUGACCGUUUAGAAAACCUGCAGAUCCUGCAUCUUCGAGACAACUUACUGGAACACCUGGAUGGAUUUACUGCCAAAAUGAAGUCCUUAAAUUACCUGAACCUGAGGGGGAAUGCUGUGGCAACCAUGCCCGAGCUGAGCAAUUUAAAGCAUCUGCCAUCUCUCAAAGCUCUGGUCUUGGUCGAAAACCCCUGUGCGGAGCUGGAGGCAUACAGGCUGGACAUUCUGAUCAUUCUGCCUACGUUAGAGAGACUGGACAAAACUCAGGUCACUUAUGAGGAACGGAUGGAGGCUGAUGAGCUGUUCAGAGACCGGAUUGGGGAAUAGCAUGAGAAAGAG